GGGUAAAUGAGCAUUUUCCCAAAAAGUAAAACCUUCUAGAAAGUGGAUUUUCUAUAAUUUUAGAGAUUUGCUGUAAAUAUAUACAUUUUUAUUUUCUCUCUUUUCACUUUUUCUAAAUUUAAAGUCGAUAAAAUUAAAAAAAAAAUUGGUGUGCUAAAACAAGAGAUUUUACUUUAAUUUCGUCAAAAUAAUUUCAUGGACCGAUUUUGACGCAUGACAUGCUCGAUACAGUACACUUUGAUAGAUCGAUCACAAGCCCCCAAGGAUCUAAAAAUAAAAAGAAACACAAAAAGAAAUAAAAUAAAAUAGGAAAAAGUGAUUGACCGACGGAGCUUCGUUGGCUAACGUUCUUUCCUAAUUUUCUUUUCUUCUGUUUUUUCCUAAUGACUUGAUGAGUAAUGACAACCAAAUAAGCAAACUAGUCAGAACUCAGUACACUAAUUGUUGAUAAGAUCAUAGACACAGACAAAAAGGGCUCCGAAGGAGCACGAUCGACCUUCUAGUCUAACUAGUUCAGUUUCUGCUACUAUUCGAUCGAUCUUCGUUUUAUCCAAACUCACUCCUCGAUUGUUGUGAGUUCAGAGGAGGAUAUAAGAUCCUAAAUUGCCUUCUGUUAUGGAGCACAACUACUCCAACGAUGGGGCAUCGGAGACGAGGUUAAGGACUCGAUUAGACCGAAGAAAAAGGAGGAAGCUGCUGACCCUCAUGGUCUAGGAAAUCACUCUUUGACUGUAUUCAAGAUUGGAAUCAUCUGGAUUUGGAGGGGAAAUCAAAGAGUCUUUUCAAAGUCUAUUUCAUUUCUGGUCGGAGAUAUGGUCCAGGGGAUGCGAUAUUUGUAGUGUCCUGUGCUGUUGGUUUCUUCGUAGAUCCUUUCUUCUUCUACAUUUGGAACAUCAACGACGAUAUCAAGUGUCUAAGCGCAGAUAGCAGGUUGAGGAUGUUAUUUCUUGUUUUACGAUCUGUUGUAGAUUUCUUCUAUGUAGCGGCCUAUAUGCGAAAUUGUGGCAGACGUAAUUCCAGCGACACAUCUUGGUUCAUUCAACUAUUUCGCUUUAUCGGAGCUGUUGAUGUUACUCUUCCCAUCCCACAGGUAGUUUUGCUGUCCAAUGGCGCAUUUUCUGUUCUUUCGUCUGUUAAUCUAAUACUUUUACUGGCACAAUAUGUUCUACGGAUUAGUCACAUCUACGAAUGGGUCAAGCAUAUUAACAUCGACACUCGUAUAGGAAGAUUGGUUAAAGGGGUAUUGGACUUUUGUCCUUUCAUCCUUACUGCUCAUUUAUUUGGAGCCAUGUGGUACUUUUUGGCUAUUAAAAGAGAGACGAGGUGUUGGCUGAAAGCCUGUCAAAAUGUUGAAGGAUGUCAUCCUGCAACUGAUCGUGAUUUUUCCUGUGGCAGAAAUGGGUUUAAAGUGAAAGAUAUCACCAUUGUAAACAGAUUAUGCCCUACAAAUCCAUCAAAUGCAUCGGCGUUGGACUUUGGUAUAUAUCUUGAUGUUAUUAAGUUUGGUACAACGAGGACAACAAAUUGCGGACCAAAGCUAUUGCAAUGCUUCUCAUGGGGUUUGCGAAAUUUGAGUUCUUUAGGUUCAAACCUGGAGCCGAGUAAGCAUGUAUGGGACAACAUCUUUGCGAUUUCCAUUUCUAUAAGCGGCAUAAUACUAUUUUUGGUAUAUCUCAACGAAAAUCUGCAGACAUAUAGGCAGUUGGCCAAAAAGGUAUCAAAGAAGCUUAAAUUCAACCAGAAGAUGCAAAAGAUAUCUCCAGACAUAGAUUUGUGGUUGUCCAAAAAUGCUGAUGUCCCGAAGGAUAUGAAGACGGUGAUCAUGAAAACUGUACGAUAUAGAGUGGAAGAAAACAAAGAUGUUGAUGUGGAAAAUAUCGUCUAUAUUCUCUCCCCAGUUCAUAAAAGACUUAUCAUGCGCCCCCUUUGCCUGGAUUUGCUAAAAAAAGUGCCACUCCUUGAACAUAUGGACGUACAAGUGUUGAAAGCGAUCUCCGAGCAUCUUAACUGGGUGUUCUAUGCCGUAGAAAGCUAUAUUAUUCGAGAGGGGGAACCACUCGGAAAGAUGUUCUUCAUCAGGCAAGGCACCGCGUGGACCUACGCAACUCGUACUGAUCACAUCAGUGGUGGAAGUACAAGUGGCUCUUCGAUCAUAGACAACCUUGAGAAAGAUGAUCUCUAUGGGGCAGAACUGCUAGAGUGGGCAUUCAGUUUUGGCUCCUUUUCGAACUUGCCAAUUUCAACAAGAACUGUUGUGUCCCAAGAAAGAGUUGAAGCUUUUGUUAUCAGGGCCAAAGAUUUGAAGAAAAUUGUCUCUAUGUUCUGGUGGCAGUUUAGCAGGAAACUCCAACUCCAUGAUAUAGAGGAUUCUCUGUUGAGGCAGUUGAAGUAUCUGGCAAUUUCUUCCUUGUUACGCCACCGUAAGGCAAUGGCAAAGAGAGGAACUGGCUGGGACAAAGUUUACAGCAAAUUAAUCAAAAGUGACUAAACAAACUUAAUCUGGUUAAAAAUAACUGUGUUUUCUUUGAGUUAGUGAUCAAAUUACAUCCUAACAGUACAUAAAUUAGUCAAAAGUGAUAUUCAUGGCUGGCCUCCUUUGAUUCGCAGAGUUGAGGCCUAGGGAUAGGAAUAGUAAUUUUUUAAAAU